CUGCCGCUCCUACUCCGAGAUACUCCUCGGCCGACUGCGACUUCCCGGUUACGGAGGGACGCGCGCGAGGAAGUCCCGGGCGGCUACGCCGCGUACGCGCACCCGGACAGCAGAAGGUGGCCAAAGGCUUAGGACACACUACACAAUAGCGACACUACCACCGUGCACGGCGGCCAUCUUCUUGAUCUCUGCUCGCCGACUGGCCCAGAGGGCAGCCGCCAAUCGGACGUGUUUCUGCCCCGCGAGAGUGCGUGUCCCCUUCAUUCGCCUCUCUCUCUCGCUCUUCUUCCCCUUCCUGCGUGGAUGACAGCCGCCGACGCCACGGGGCGCUUACCGAGCUCCCCUUCCGCAGUGGAGCGCGACACGGGCGACCGACAUCGGAGUUAUGGAGUUAUGGAGGCCGCGGCGGAGAAAAGUACCGAUAACUCGCACAACUGUGUCUCCGCGAUCCUCGCGUGCCUCGGGCUCUCGAUCGUCUACGUGGCGAGCCUCUACGUCUGGAGUUCGCCGCACAACAGAGAACAUCCCUCAACGAUAAAGAAACGAUUUUUUAGCGUAUUUAUUAUGACCCUCAUUUCACCAGCACCUUUGUACUUUGGAUUAAAUGAAAAAGUAUUUCAAAAGGUAACUAUCUGGGAAUUGCUGGGUCUACGAUGGUCGGGUUUGAUACAGGCGACUGUGAUACCAUUACUUCUAACAAUGAUCCUGUUCCUAGGUCCCUUGAGUCUACAGGGAUUUAAUGGGCUCUGGCGAUUGUACACUGAGCCCAUGUACUGGUUGGGAAGCAUACGAACGUUAAUCUGGUGGAGAAAUCAAGUAAUUGCUCCACUCUCCGAAGAAUGGACCUUCAGAGCCUGUAUGUUGCCACUGCUCUUACAAUGUUUCACACCGAGUACUGCCAUAUUCGUGUGUCCUCUGUUCUUCGGAGUGGCACAUUUCCAUCAUGUGGUGGAAAGAAUGAAGAUGGGAGUGGGAAUCAAACACGCGUUGUUUGUAUCCUGUUUUCAAUCUGCAUAUACGACCAUAUUUGGAGCGUACGCAGCUUUCCUUUUUGCCAAAACAGGACACUUCGUCGCACCAUUCGCCGCGCAUUCUUUUUGUAAUCACAUGGGAUUUCCUGAUCUUUCCGAAAUAGCUGCGUACAAGGAUCCACUGAAGAGAGCUGGGCUGCUCUGUCUGUUUGUGAUCGGUUUAGUCGCUUGGUGUUUUCUGUUGACGCCGAUGACGCAUCCAUCAUUGUUCAAUAAUAAUUUAUUCUGGACUAAAUAUUUUAUAUGAGACGCGUCUGAUCUCUCUAACAAAUAUACUAGGAUUUAACCUUUUUAAGCAAGAUCUAACGAUUUACAUUGCUGUGUGAUAUUUUGUAUAUGUAUCUAACAGAAUACGCGAUACUUAUUCUAUUAAAAAAUCUCGCGAGUAUUAAAAUAAUUGCAUAAUAAUAAUUUAACUAAUUUCAACUAUAUUACUACUUGGUAUAAACAUAUACUUAUAAUUUAACUAUGCAGCUCGGGAUUGUUACAAAAUGUAUCACCGUAGUGCCUAAGAUUUAAUUAGAUUUAAUUAGAUUUUUAUAGUCGUAAUGAUAUAAAGUGUUACAAUGACUUUUAGAUAGGUGAAUUUAUUCGCAAAACCAAAGUGCGAAAAUAAAAUUUAAUUCUUCUAUUAUUAUUACGAAUUGUCGUAUUUAUGUGUAUUUAUGUGUUGCGAUGAAUUAUUUUAUGAUAUCAUGACUCUAUAAAUUAUAAUUUAGCAGAUAAUGUUUUCAGAAAGAUUUGUAUGUAAACAGAAAACUAUGUACCAUAUAUUAAUAAUCGAUGUAACAUAUUAAGAAAAUUUGUAAAAUGAUCUUUCUAAUCGUCUACUUUUGUAAUAAUCUGUAUGUACAGUGUAUGUACAAUGUCUAUAUAUGUACAAUGGAAGUGAUAUUCAAAUAUUCAGACGAUAAGCGAUGCCGCCAUACACAUAUACAUGAUAGUUUAUUUACCAUCGUUAAAUCACAGAAGUAACAGUUGCGCAACAAUAUUACAAUAUAUUAUAUAUUAUGUACAUAUACAUAUAUAUAUGAUAAACACGUAUACAUUAUAUAUGCAGUAAAACUAUAACAAAAGUACACGAGUACUCGUAUAUACAUACAUAAGAGAGCUAUUCAGUUCUUGAAUGUUUUUUAAUUGCAUACGUAAUGUAUACCAUUUGUUAAUCGAGAGAUAUCAUGGAAAAUACAUUUUUUAAAUAAUGUUCAUAGAGAUCAUGAAAUGUUGAGAACGAUAUAAUGUUGAAGUAAUAUUUAAGUGUUUUAUGGUCAAAGAGAGAGUAUAAAAUUGCUAGAAAUGUAUAACAAUGGUGUCACUUCGACUUACAAUAAUUAUAUAUAAGUGUCCAUCAAAAUUUGACAGUAUUUGUUAAUCUUGUUUCAAUGUCGCGAGAGAAUGAAAUGAUGUAAUUUUAUGUACUACUAUCUUCACAUUCACUUUAUAACAUUGAUACAGAAUAUAUAAUUCUAAACAAAACA